AAAUCCGUCCUACAUCAGUUACGGUGUUACCUUAAUGGCUAUUCGCCUCGGGUUACUUCUCCUCCUCCUGGCCUCGGCCAUGGUGGCGGAGUCAUCAUCCUCGCCAUUCCAUUGGGGUGUCACCGAAUUGUCCCGAGAAUCACGUGGUGACGGUGGGCUACCGGCAUUGCAGACAUGCAAUGGGCUUGUUGGGGACUGCAUAGAUGGGGACGAGGAGAUGAUGAUGGAGUCGGAGUCAGCCCGACGAGUACUCGCAGCAGGAAGGUAUAUCAGCUAUGGUGCAAUGCAGAGGAACAACGUCCCGUGCAACCGCCGUGGAAGAUCUUACUACAACUGUAACUCCCAUGGCAGGGCUAAUCCUUACAGCCGGGGCUGCAAUACAAUCACCAGGUGCGGCAGACGCACCUGA